GAAGAAGAAGCGACUCUUCAGUAGCAGCUCGCAAAACCAAACAAACAAAAAAAGAGUUAAAAGUGUCCAAACACGUCCUAUUGAUGUUAGGCAAUGUGUUUUAAAUACACUUAUGUUUACACCUUAGUACCGUUAAUCGGGUUUUUUAAUUUCACAUCCAGUUCGGGACGAGGUUGUCUGUCUGCUGCGUUAUAGAUAAAUGGCUACGGCCGUUUCGACGGCACCAGUAGCUGAAGUUAACUUAGUUAACUUUUCACCAACACGUUUUCCAGACAUAAACAAACGGCUUGUAACAAUUUAUAUAUUAAGUUAAAGGAUUCAUUUUUUUACUUCGGUGAGUAAAGAACCGUCGGUGUCCCCAUCUUUCGUCAAACCAGCUGGCUACUAUAAGUAUCUUUUUGUUGGUAUAUUGACCUAAGCUAGUUGACUAACAUCCCCGACCAUGAGCUCACUAAGUUACUCCCCCCUUGUUAAAGAAGAGGAGGUCUGCUGGACGGAGAAAGAGGGUAUGUUGGUGAACAGUGUCGUGGAAGAGGACGUUAUUACAGUGAAGGAGGAGGAUGAAGAAAAGGAUGCCGUUUUUGGAGUGGGAAAGGAGGAGGCUGCCACAGUGAAAGAAGAAGAGGAGGAUGUUACAGUGAAAGAAGAAGAGGAGGAUGUUACAGUGAAAGAGGAGAAAGAACCUUUUGGAGAGGAAGAGCAGGAUAUCUCAAAAGAGGAAGAUGAAGUCGUUUUGGGAGUGAAAGAGGAUGUGACUGAAGAUCUGAUUAACACCAGAGAGAGACCAGACUCUCACUCUGACAGCGGGAAGAGUCCUUCAGGGGAUCCAGAUCCAGAGACGUCCAAACCAGCAAGACGACACCACUACUGCCAUUGUGGAAAGAGUUUCUGGUGGUUAGGCACUUUAGAGACCAUAAGAGAAUGCACAUAG